AGCGUCCGCCAGAGGAGUUCGCCUUGAUUCCCUCCCCUGUUCAACCGAGCGAGUCCCGCCAGAGUCCAGGGCGUUCGUUGAUGUCGCAGCCGCGGCGCUACGCGCGAGCAAGGAUCUUUUCUUCUUUCUUGUCCGUCCACGACGCGAGGAGAAAGCCGCGUGGGCAUGCCUCUUGGCUAGUUACACUAGAUCCCACCCGCUCUUCUGCCCAACCGGAGUUCUGUCUUUGGGAAUUGGCUUGCGUGGGAUUGUUUUUACCCGUCUAGAAACGUUGGAUUGUGGAAACAGAGAGAAGCCAGAGAGAGGAGAAAAGCUACAGCCGGUCUCAACGGGUUGAAGGAACAUGAAAUUUAAGAGAUCUUUCAACAGGAAGAGCUAGAGGACAAAAGGACUUCUUACGGCUGAAAUCCCCUUAUACCUUGGAUAUACAAUUUCCUCAUUCUAGUGCCUCACUGCUUGUUAUUGGUAACUUGAAAUCUAUAAGACAUGUCCAUUGCACUCAAGCAAGUUUUUAAUAAGGACAAGACGUUCCGCCCGAAACGGAAAUUUGAACCUGGGACCCAGAGGUUUGAGCUCCACAAACGAGCGCAGGCCUCACUGAAUUCUGGGGUGGACCUGAAAGCAGCCGUGCAGCUGCCCAGUGGAGAAGACCUAAAUGAUUGGGUAGCAGUUUACGUGGUUGACUUUUUCAACAGGAUCAACCUAAUCUAUGGAACUAUCUGUGAGUUUUGCACAGAGAGGACCUGCCCAGUGAUGUCAGGUGGUCCAAAAUAUGAAUAUCGGUGGCAGGAUGAUCUAAAGUAUAAGAAACCUACAGCAUUGCCAGCACCCCAGUAUAUGAAUCUUUUGAUGGACUGGAUUGAGGUACAAAUCAACAAUGAGGACAUAUUCCCUACUAGUGUAGGUGUACCAUUCCCAAAGAACUUCCUCCAGAUCUGUAAGAAGAUCCUGUGCAGGCUAUUUAGAGUGUUUGUUCACGUCUAUAUUCACCACUUUGACCGCAUCAUCAUCAUGGGAGCUGAGGCCCAUGUCAACACCUGUUACAAGCACUUUUAUUAUUUUGUGACAGAGCUUGCUCUCAUAGACCGCAAGGAACUAGAGCCUUUGAAAGAGAUGACAGCCAGGAUGUGUCACUAAAGAACCACUGUUGAGUGAAAGAAAAAUGCAAUUUCCUGCUAACUGAAGAAGGCCUAAAGGACACACCAGCCCUUGCAGGCAAAACCUGCCUAGUUUAAUCCUUAGAAAGCAAGAGUGUAAGGGACAGAAGAUGAUUGCUUUCACAGAUACUUUCCACAGUUAUGUAUGCUCUUAACCCUAAAAAUGCUGCUCAGUACCUCCUUGGAAUGAUGUGGAUUGCUUGAAAAGAAAGGAAGAAACUAUUCUUUUUCUAUAUUCCCUGAAUGAGUGAGGAGGAGUUCAUCAGACUGCAAAGUGAUUCCAUCCACGUUCCUGUUCUUAAAGCUUUACUGCAAUUUUGGUUUCUCGGUAUACUUUUGAAACUAAAUUUAUUGUUAAAAGUUACUAACUGUGGUUAUAAGUACAUUGUUGUCAUGUACAGUACAUGUUAAGAGCCUCAGCAGAGUUUCUGAUUGCCUUUUCCAGACCACCAAACCAGCUUAGAAAGUAACUCUCAGCCUGUCUUUUGCCUAAAAAAUAAAUAACAAUGCUGUGCAUUGUUUGACCGGAAACUGAGAUUAAUAUCUUAGACAGCAAUCUUUGUUAUCCAGAGCCCAGAUAAAGAAGAAACCAGUCACCCAGUGGAACAGAGAAACUGCUUUUCCAUUUAAAAUGGUCAUGAAUUUCAAAACA